UAACUGAAAAACAUCAUGUCAAUAAUCCGGACUUCACUUUUUGGAUUAUUAAUUAUUAACUACUGGCGCAAUUCAAUUCACUACCCCCAAAAAAAAUUUUCAAAGUUUUUCAAAAAAUUUCUAAUCAAUUGUUAUUCAAGUUUUAAAGAGAGAAAUUCCGAUCUUAACUCUCAAAAUUGCUUAUUAGAGCAUUCAAUUUCACGAACUUAUUUAAACCGCUGUUUAUUCAAUUUACCUGACUUUUCCAGGAAUCCCGCAUCUCAGUUUUCUAGAAAAAUAAGCGGUAAAUAUUUUGAACUGGUUAUAUUACUUUUUGAGCGAAAACAAAACUCAAAGAACCGAAAUAAUUUGGUUUCGCGGAAACUUCAAUUUAUUAAGUUCACAGUUAAUUUGGGAAAUACUGGCUUCGUUAAGUGAUUUCAAUUAAUUGAGCAAAAUCAACUAAAAAGCAAUUCUUUUCACAAUUGAUAAUUGAUCAGUGGACAAAACGUAUGAGCGGGCUUACGCUUAUUUGAUUGAAGCACAAAAACAGAUCAAAGAAAGAAUCAGAAAAAUGGAUCCAAAAUUUCCAGUCUUCAAUCCUACUUUAUACAUGUGGCAGCCCUACUUAAGCGCUCUCAACACUGCGCUGCUUUCGCAACAAAUGGGAACAAACAACCCCGUGGGUCAACCGCAACAUCCACCCGGGAGUCACCCACAGCAUACGAUCUCAACACCUCCGACAUCCGCAUCCGGGUUCCAAUUCCCCCCGCCUGGUCUACCCCCAUUGACACCGACACCUUCGGGUCUCGGCAAUCAAGCUGCAGCCGCCGCUGCUGUAGCGAUGGCACGCCGUUUCCAGCCAAUUUCGGGGCCCCCUCACUUCCCGCUGGACAUGGGAGGACUGAAGCAAGCGUCGGAUUCGUUGCUGUCUACAGUUCCACACCGACCAGGGUUUCCUCCUGAAGUUUCUGAUUUGUUCCCAAAAAUGUCACCUCAACAACUCGCGAUGCACCUCAGUGGGCGACCAACAGGACAACCAAUUUUGCCACUCCCAACCUCAAGUGAGGCACAACGAGACCCACAUCCAGCGCCCUCUGCUGGGAACCCGAGUCAGCGAUCUGGAACCUCGUCUUCACCUUCUUCUCCAAGAACAUCGGCAGCAAAUGCCGAGUCACUUUCAAAGCACACUCUGCAAUCUACCAAGUGGGCUAUCAAUGUUUGGAACACCUGGGCAAACCAGAAAAAUCACAGAAUUGAACAGAAUAAAAGUUCAAGAUCGGCUAAAGUGCCAACUAUUCCAGAGUUGAGUAAAGUCAAAGGCGAAGACUUGGACAUUUAUCUCUCCGAGUUCAUAAUUGAAGUUCGAAGAUUUGACGGUGAAAUGUAUCCUCCAGAUUCCUUGAUGGUUCUUUGCGCCGGUGUUCAAAGGUUCCUUCGCGAGGAUGGAAACCGACCUGACCUUUCGUUUCUUGACGGCUACGACAAAGAUUACCCAAAGUUCCAGAACGCUCUUGGACAAGUUGUAAAAGACUUACAAGAUCGUGGCAUUGGAACUGUAAAGCGGAAAGCAGACACGUUCAAUCAAGAGAUGGAAAAAGAGCUUUGGAACAAAGGUGUCUUGAGUUUCCAUUCGCCUAAAGGCUUAUCGAGAGCGGUUUAUUUCUACAUAACCAAAGGGUUCUGGUUAAGAUCCAGAGGCGAUCACAGGAACCUUGUCGUCGAGGACUUGCAGUUUGGAACUGACACAUACGGUCAGUAUGUUGAGCUAGCCCAGAGAUACUUCCACCCUAAAAAAGAACAAACGGUAGCCAGAAAAAGUCAACCCGUUCGUCACUACAAUGUUGACCAAAAAAUUUGCAGAGUUUAUUCCGUUCUGAAUUAUUAUUGCAAGUUAAUUCCACCGCAAGGCCCAUUGUACAGGAAACCAAUUGAGGAAAGACUUGACGGUAAAACUGCGCUUUUUGGGUCCGCAGCUAUUGGUGUGCAUGCACUUGAAAGGAUACCAUCGGAACUUGCGACCGAGGCUGGAUUCGAAGGGUAUUUCACAUCAAGAAGCGUAUGGGUAUCCGAUAUUCCUUGUCAUUGCAACAAAUAUGUCAUGGUUCUCAAGUCUUCGGCAAUGAUACCACUGAACUUGGCUCCUCCCAAUCACCCUGUUGGACACCCGAGUUCAGUUGUCAGACCUCCCGGAUGCCCACCUCCACCGAGUAUGUUGCCUUUGAACUUCAACCAUGUUCCGGGCUUAAAUCCACAUCUAGUAAACCCAGUGUCUCUAGCUUCAAUGGUGUCUCAUUCAAUGAUGGCGUCCAGAUUGAGUCAGUUUUGUCCUCCGAUGUCAAGCGCCUCAGUAACCUUGAGCGACAUUCACACACCGUUGAAACUUGCGACCUGCUCUACAUCAGCUAUUACACCUCCGAGCUCCAAACACUCUUCGGCGGAGAAGUCGUCACCAAUGAAAAUAAUCAAUUUGGACUCUGCAAUUCCUGAAUAUUCCCGGAAACGCAAAUUGUCGCUUCCAUCACCCUGUGCGACCGCCGCUAGUUUGUCGGAAUUCAGUCCAAUGUCGUUGCCGACUUCGCACAAACAGCAACUGAACGAAGACUCUGAAUUUAAGAAAGCCGAGCAACUUUUCAACUCGUUUAAUACCAGGCCUCUAGAUUUGUCCCAACGACUGAGCAGUCCCGAAAGCGACUCGGAUGCAGAAUCAAGUGACGUUGAAGUCGACUUCAAUGACGAGUCGCCUCGGCAGCCAACCAGAAGCGAUAACUCAAAACCGUCUCCUCCGAAGUUCCCAAAUUUGGAAAAACAUGUAUCGACAGGAGAUCAAGAAAUGAUGUCGGAUAUUUUGGCCAAAAAUGAAAUAAUCGGAGUUUCUGUUGAAACAGCGAAAAUCGAAGACACAAAUAAAAACUAUCUAACUCUAAAAAUAUAUUACGAAUGAUGUAUUUGAAGAGAAAACUUUAAGAUUUUGUUUAAAUUUGUUAAGUUUCCGAACGUCUUAUAACUAACAUCAUCACUUAUUUUGCUGUCUAAAGUGCUCGCUUUAAUUUUGUGCCGCUUGAUUUUCAUUACAUUCAUCUCAGAUAAUAUCCAUAUAUUACUCUUAUUUUUGUAUCCUCAUUAAUUCUUAGAUUUAUAAAAUCAUCUUCCUGCUGCUAAGCGGCUUUUCGAGUUCUUGGUUGUUGCUCUCGAGUAAAAACACUUGUAGAUCAUCCUCUUAAGUUUUGUGUAAAUUUGUCACCUGAACGGCAUUCCACUUAAUUAACUAUUCCAUUCUUAAUUUAGCAAUACAUACAUCA